AUCCUUAUUCAGUCAGUACGUUUCCAGAAAAUGGUGGGAUUGUGUAUCAAAAUUGAGCCUGACACGUAUUUUACGAAAAAUUAUAAAUAAUUUGUGAAAAUUUAGCAAUGUUAUUAUGUUAUUAGUAUUAUUAACUCUGCAUUAUUAUUAAAUUUUAAGAAAAUGGAAUUCCGUGAGACCUUAUUAGCUGCUCAACGAAAUCAACAACAAAAGUCAUCUGAUAAUGCAUACUAUAAAGCACGUUUCGAUCCGCCCAAGAAAGAGCAGAAGCAGAGGGACAGACUGUCAGCAAACAUACAAAAGUUUUUAGCCAAGAAAGAUGAAGAGGAAAAGCAAAAGAAAGUCGAGGCUCAGAAAAAGCGGGAUGAGUUGCUGGCGAUGAGGGACCCUAAGGCUCUGAGAAAGAUUCAGAAGACAUUAAAAGUCAUAAAAUCAGCAAACAAGUCUGUGAUAGCAGAUGCUAUAGACAGAGACAACACAGCUGUGACCCGGGAGGGGCCUGACCAGCCUGAUCAAGAUGACUAUGGCUAUGAGUCACAAGAGUCCGCUGCUAUAUAUGCUAAGAUGAUGGAAAAAUACAGUAAAAUACCCGAUGAACCUAAAUUUCCUACUGGGAACACCUUCGUGAAGAAGGAUUUAAAUGGCACUCGAGAGAGAGUGAAACACGCUCUUAGACACGAAGACGAGCCCGUCCCGCAUAAGAGACGGCGGAAAGGCGAAAAUGGAGAACGCGAUACAAGUCCCCCAACUCGGUAUGAGCCAGAGAAGAAGGAAUCAAAGCCAGAAAAACCUAAGUUUCGUAAGCCUGCACCACCGCCGAUGGAUUUCAACCAGUUGCUAAAACUCGCUGAACAAAAGAAAAGCGAGCCGAUCGAAAUCGGGAAGAAGAAGGAGGUGGUCGCCGAAACGGAGUCAGGACCGGAGAGGCUGAUGACCAAGAAACAGAAGAGGGAGUACGAGGAGGAGAUGGCGCGCCGCCAGCGACGCCAGGAGAGGAUCGACGCGCAGAAGGCUGGCGGCAAGAAACCCUUAAAAGAUGAAAAACAACCUCAAAGAGAUGUUGAAAGGGAUAGAAAACCCGAACCGAGUACUGGUUUCGGCCGCAUACCUAAAGUCUCCGACAAACUGAACAACUCUGGCUCCAGAAACGACAGUCCUCGACCAUCCGACAGAGAGAGAAUUGAAAGGGAGAAAAUAGAAAAACUACAGAAAGAGAGGGAUAGAGCAAGGCAUGAGAAAGAAAAGCUCGAGCGUGACAAGGAAAGAAUAGAUAGAGAGAGGCUUGAUAAGUUGAAAGCACAGAGAGAGGCCAUCGAAAGAGAUAUAGAUAGACUUAACAAAGACAGGGAAAAAUUAGAAAAGGCUAAAUCUAGAUUGGAAAGCAGUAGUAGGCUGCCUGACAAAGUUAAUAGAAGUGUAGACAAAUCUGUAGAUAAAUCUAAAUUAAAUUCUAAGGAGAGCUUAAAACAAGAUGUUAAGAAAAACAUAGAUUUAAAGAGCCAAAACACUUACAGGAUAGAUAAGAAUUCUAAUGAGAGGAAGUUAAAUGUACCGAGUAAGAAUGGUGAUAGCAAAUACUUAAAUGGUCACAGCAACCAAGGAAAACCAGUGCCAAAACAGAGAGAGCAGAUCUCGCAGAACGGUAUUAAAGAUAAGGCUUUAUUAGCUAAACAGAGGGCGAUGGGCGACGGAUCUCAGAAGAAUAAUGACAGAAGGGUCCCUGACAGCAAGGGGUCAACACCAAGGAGAGCAGAUGAUAAGAAAGUGGGAGCUUCUAACGACAAAGCAGGCCCUAGUAAGCCAAAGGUGUCGAAUUCCUUCGAUUUUGAUAAACACGUUAAUUCCUUGGGUAAGAAUGGCAUGAGGAACGGACAGAAGCCGAACGGGGCGCGACAGUUCCCGCCCGGCGAUGUCAAGAGAAAAGGUCAGGACCAGAGGAAUAAGAAACGGCGCGCAUUAGACUCAGAUUCUGAAUACGAUUCUGAAUUGGACGACUUUAUUGAUGACGGUGACGACGAAAUGGACUACUCUCGGCACAUCAAGGAAAUAUUCGGAUAUGACAAGUCCAAAUAUCGGGACAUGGAUGACGACGAUGAUCCUAUGAUGGAAUCGAGUUUCGCGCGCCAACAACGAGAGGAAUACAUCAGUAAAAAGAUUGGUAUUAUGGAAGACUUAGAAGAUAUGAGAAUGGAAGCGAUGGAGAAAAAGAAAUCUAAGAAAAGUCGGCGCAUCAGCGACGACUGACCGAGCUCGCCGCCGCGGACCGCGGACACGAGUCCCACACACUCGGCUGCGGUACGGAUAUGUAUCUGUGUAUGUGUUGGAAUAUAGUCAUGUUGCUCCAAGGGAUCAAACAGUCAAUUGUUCUACAGUUGAUAUCGCAAUUGAAUGCCUCUCUUAUAAAGUCUUAAACUAGUUACCUGUACAUUAUUUAAUAUUUUGUGUAUUUGUAUAAAGUGAUUUAAUUUUGGGUUGUUCAUAUAUAGCUUUUGUAGCUAUCAAUGUAUGCGCUUUUUACCGCUUAAUGUAAUUACCACAGAUUUGUAACAAUGUUCUAAUCUCGCAAUAGUGUAAUUGUUCUAAUACAUUGAUUUAUAUGUAGUUACUUAUUGGUUUAUAGAUUCAGAUUAUUAUAUGUAUACAACGUUAUGUGCAAUAGAAUAUAUUAUUUCAAUGUAUUGUGUUAUUAAGCUGUCUAGCUUAUGAUUCUGUCUGGCGCUACGUUACUAUUUGAUUGACAUGAAGAUAUUAUUCGAAUUGAUUUUACUCUGCAACAAACAUUGUUCAUUCGCCUAUCGGAAGAUUGUAUAAUUCGUUUGUCAGUACACUACGUGUGGAGUAUGGUAUUCAAUAUUAUUUUUAUUUCAUAUUGUUCUAAAUGGUUGUGAUGUAAUUUAUCACAAAUACAACAAAUGAAAGAAACAAUUUAAAACUUGUCUAAUUUAUAAGAUUGGUUUGUAUGAUAGGUAUGUUAAUAAUGAUUUGUUUAAUUUAUGAUUCAUUAGUUUAGGUAUCUCACAUUUAAAUAUAUUAUGUUUCAUGUUUGAAACCUGUUGUUUCACACUGUUGUAAGCUCUUGUUUCAUUAUCCUAUAGUAUAUUAUAAGUUCUUUACAAUGUACAUGAUGACUACAAAUAUUUAUGUUAUUGUAUAAUUUAUCAUCACAUUGAUUACUGUUGUUACUAUAUCAAUUAAAAUAGAAAAAUAGUACCAAUAAAUAAUAACAGAGUGUGAUUUAAUAAAUGUCCAUAAUCAUAGUGUCUUGCCCCAAUACAUGUUUAAAUUAUGUUAUACCGCACUGGGUUGAAUGAGGAAUGUAAUUAUACACAUCAGUACUUUUUACUGUAUAUGUAUAUUUAUUAUUUUCGUUUAUGACAUAAUAUAUUUAGACAUUCCCACUGUGUCUAGCUGCGCUUGUGGUGUUUUAUAUAUUAAAUCGAGUAAUCAUUUAACUAUACAAUACUAUUAAUGCAUAAUUGUAACUUAAUGGAAUGUAAAUCUUGUAUACUUUUGUGAUACUGAAGAGCAAAAAUAACAAAAAUAUAAUUUAAUUAAAUGAA